AUUGGACCCUGGAGCGAAAUGCCCGCCCCUUCCCCUCUUUCCUUCUCGGUGAUUGGACUGGGAAAGGGAAGCGGGGGUUGUAGAAACCAUCUUGGACGGCAAGUUGGAAGCUGUGUGUUGAGGUUGGCGAAAGCACUAAUGAGAAACCAUCCAGGCGCUGCUCUGACGGUGUGGAGCUGCCCUACCAGCCCCGAGCUGCCUGCUUGCACUUUUAUGCGGGUAAAAGGAAACCUGUCUUGCGUUUUGGCCUGCCAUUCAGAGCACGGGGUCUCUAAUACAGGAUUGUCCUGGCUUUUUCAGAAACAGAGAUUGUGCCAUUUGUCUGAACCCGGGAUACAGGGACAAGGUCCUUUUGCAGCUGGGUGUUCUUCUGCCAUGGGGAGCCCCGAGGAGGCUCUGAAGCAAGGAAAGGUGAAUGUGGGCAGAGCAGGCUCUCUCCUUGGACCACGCGCAGCAAAGGCUCAGGGAGAGAACCAGGAACUCAAGGCCCCAGGCCCAGGCAGUGCACCGAUGCUGAGGGCUCCUGGUUGCCCUCUUGUCACUGGCUUUCCUCAGCCUCUGCAUUCUGCACCACAUGGCCGCUCUCAGUUCGUGGUGCUUCCUAUGCAGACGUUAAAAGACCCAGUGUCCUUGUUUAGUUACUGGCUAUAGAGGGGAUGUGAGCUGAUUUGGGGAUUACCCAGGCUACAAAUAAAGUGGAGUUCAUCAAAUGGCAAGCUUUGCCUGAUAUUCCUGUUUAUGUACAGAUGCACGUCUAACAUUUGUGGUAUCUAGGCCAAGAGUGCAAAUGGAGGCCCAUCUACUAAAUUUCUAAAUAUUUAAAAUGCAUUAGUCGAGCUAAUCACUGCUAGCUAAAAAUAGGCUCUGUUCUGCUACUUUAACAUAUAUACCUUUGUAGCGACAAACAUAAACAAAUAUAAAACUAACAUUCAAUAAUAAAAACAAAAAUUCAGUUUUUAUGUGACCGAAUUAGAAAAUUAUCAAAGAUGAUAAAAUUUUAUCAUUAUUGUGUAGGUCUGGAUGUUUUCUUGAUGGGCUGGCAAUAUUUGGGGAUUAAGUAAUAAAGUAAAAAUAGAUGAAAUUAAUAUAGUGUAUUUAUUCCACAGAACUUUUUUGCCUUCUUUUCACCGAAACUGCUAAUUAUGUUGUUGAAAUCAAGA